GUGCAAGUUAUGAACCAAUGGGAGUGGCCUUGGUGGAACCAGCACGUGAUUGGCUCAUCUUGGUCUUUGGACAGGCUGUCACAAGCUGUAAAAGGAAGAGCAAGUUGGACUAUGUACCUGGACUGAUCUAUGGACUGAUUCAGGUGUAAUGUUGGUGCAUUCAUAGCCAAGUAUUCUCUCCUCCAAUCACCAGCCACUACUCAGAUUGCCAAGACCUCCAAGACCUGAUCCAAGUCGUCCAUUUCAAACCAGACAAUCCCCACUGUCCAUCUCUUAUCCUUAGAUUAGGGUUUAUGAGUUACAACUUGUAUUUUCCUAUAAAAAGAUCUUUAAGGGGCAUUUGUAACUCUUAAGAGUGUUAGGGGGAUUUCCCAUUCUCCUUCAUAGUCUUUGGUUACUUCUAAUCUCUCAAUCUCUCACCCAAAGUCUCUUAAUCUCACGCCAUUCUUAUUCUUCCAUCAGACUCUUUGUUAUUCUCUUCCAUUGUUGAACAAGACUCAGUCCCAACCUGUAGAGGUUGAUUCACCAGUCCACACACAGCCUGUGCUCUGAAAACCUCACACGGAUAUAAUUACAACAAAGUAGAAGAUCAGAUAGCGUAGGAUUAAUCUAUGUGUUCCUGGAUGAUACUAGAUCACUUUGUUUGUAAAUGUGGUUGAAUCCCUCCUCAUGGUUGCAAAUCAUGUAAUGCUCUUAAUGACAAGUCGAAGUUGAGAAAAAAAAAAGAAAAAAAAGUAAUAUUGGUGACUGCGACAAAAAAAAACUCCCGCUGCUUCGUACCCUUUGUCAAAACCUUAAAGGGACUCAAAACAUGAUAUUAUAAUUUUCCCACCUCUUCUCCAAAGUCUAAACCCAAUCUUCCCGCCUCCCCCAUCACACCCGCUCCUUCCUUCCUCUACAAUAGUAACCCUAAUCUUCAAUCAAGGCCCUCACAAACAAAUCUCAAGAUCCAUGAAGGGACUCUCAACAUCGCCGGUGAGAAGAAACGACGGCUUCCACCGCUACUUGAAGCCAGGGGCUCUCGCUCAGAUCCGUAACACUAGACUCAACGCCAGAUCCAACUCUCCCUUAACUCUUUCCCUCCCGAGCAGAGUCGACCCGCCAGACGCGACGCCGACGAUGGAGCAGAUGCCUGAUCUCUUCUUCACCAAGAUAUACGGUCCGUUUCGCAUCGGUAGAAAGAAACUUGGUCCCGCUAGAUCUGUGUUGAGGACGAUGAUGGAUUUAAACCCUUCUCCCAACUCCACGCUUGAAUCCGCUAGUAAUGGUAAUAGCAACGUAUUAAGUAUCGUCGAUGUUUUAGUUGCUCAUUAAAUGUAACUCUAUUAUAUUGUUUUUGUAUCAAUAAUUGCUUUUGUAACUUGUGGAAAAACAUCUUCAAUUCUCAUCAACACUUUGUUAAUUGAAUGUGUUGAUUCAUUAUAUGAU